AUGCAAUCGGUACGCACACCUAUCGGUCAGCCGCAAGGAUCGUUCGCAUGGGAUCAGCAGCCGUCUUUGGCCAGUCUCAGGCGCGCUAGUCAGACCGAGGUGCCAGGAUUGCAAGGUUCGGCGCUCGAUCCGGAUAUUCUGGCCGAGGCGGAAAAGCUGAGACGGGAGCGGUUAUCGAAACGGCAGCGCAAGAGGAGCACUGCUCCGGUCACGGGUCAACAACAGGCGGAAACUCAACCAGUGGUUCUCAAUGACGGUUCGGCCUUCGUGGGCAAUUUGAUUGGCGAAGAUCACGUCAACUACGUUUUGAUGUACAACAUGUUGACGGGUAUCAGGAUAGGAGUAUCCCGAUGUCAGGCAAAGAUGAAGCGACCGCUUACGCCCGAAGACUUCACGGCCAAGCAUAAGUAUUCCUUUGACAUUGUCGGUAACGAACUAACGCCAUCAGCUCGUUACGACUUCAAGUUCAAGGAUUAUGCGCCGUGGGUCUUUCGAGAAUUGCGGGAGGACUACUUUCACCUGGAUCCGGCCGACUAUUUGUUGUCCUUGACGGCGAAAUACAUCCUGUCCGAACUCGGAUCGCCAGGAAAGUCGGGAUCCUUCUUCUAUUUUUCGCGAGACUACCGCUUCAUCAUCAAGACAAUUCACCACGCCGAACACAAGUACCUCCGGUCGAUCCUCAAAGAUUACCAUGCGCACAUCAAGAACAACCCUCAUACGCUCAUGUCUCGGUUCUACGGUCUCCAUCGGGUCAAGCUGCCGCGCGGUCGCAAGAUUCACUUUGUCAUUAUGAACAACUUGUUCCCGCCACAUCGCGAUAUCCACGAGACGUACGAUCUCAAGGGUUCAGCGGUGGGCCGAGAAUACCCGGAAGAAAAGGCCAAGAUCAACCCCAAGGCCACGUUGAAGGACCUCAACUGGUUCCACCGAGGCAGAAUGUUCGAGCUCGGACCAGAAAAGCGAGCCCUGUUUGGGGAACAGCUUCGACGAGAUCGCGAUUUCUUGUGUCACAUCGGAGUCAUGGACUAUUCGCUGUUGAUCGGGAUCCACAACAUGGAACGAGGCAACAAGGACAACAUCCGCGAAGGUCAACUAAGCGUCUUCCAACCUAACGUUAACACCGCUAUGCGAAGGAAACCGAGUUCGAUCAAGGGGGGUUCCGAGGCGGCGGCCAUGCGUAAAGCCGUCAGGCGAUCCGAUCCCAAGGCCUUGACUUCGGCCGUAGCAGAGCUUCCGACCUCGGACUCUGCCGAUCGACGGCAUUUCUUGUUCUACCAAGACGAGGGCGGUCUUCGGGCGACCGACGAGGCUAACGACGCCAUGGACAUUAUCUAUUAUCUGGGAGUCAUCGACAUCCUCACGCCAUACAAUACGACGAAAAAGCUCGAACAUCUCUGGCGGAGCUUGACAGAGAAGGAUCGACACAUGGUAUCUUGCGUCCCGCCCGACGAGUAUGGAGAGCGAUUCUUGGCAUUCUUGAUAUCCUUUUUCCGGGAUGCCGACGUGACUAAACGACCCCGCAUGGAGCUCAAGACGAAGACUGAAUAA